CGGCCCAUGAAAGGUUUUUUUUUUUUUUGCCCCAAACGAAGCGCAGUUUCCCCAACUGCUCGGAGGCAGGCAAGCCCCCAAGGCCAGAACUCACGAGGGGCUUCCCACAUCAACUCUCAAAUCUCUCUCUCUCUUUCUUUCUCUCUUGCACACACACACACCCCCAAACAUACACAGUACAGGAGCCUGUCGGACAGCCACAAUGAACCCCAAACCUUCAGUGGAGUGGGGAGUUGUCACCAUUUCCAUCUAUGGGAAACUUGUCAUGUGCCUCGGUGCUGAGCCUGGACCUGAGCUUUCGGUCGGAUUUUUCUGUUGAUCUCAAGACUGGAUAGAGCUUGGGGACAGGAUGAUGAUUGAGCUGCAAAGCAUGGAGGAUGGUUGUGGCCACGUGGACAUACUGAGCACCGAGGAGCUGGAGUGUAAGAUCUGCUAUUGCACGUAUAACCUGGGGAGUCGCAGGCCGAAGGUGCUCGAAUGCUGCCACCGUCUGUGCGCCAAAUGUCUUGCUAAGAUUCUGGACCUCGGUGAGUCACCUCCCAACGCUGUGGUGUGCCCGUUCUGCCGCUAUGUCACCAGACUGCCAGGGGAUGCUGUGAGCACCCUUCCAGAUGACUGCAACCUGGUGGCGGCGCUGGCCCUCCAAAGCAGGAACCAGAGGAACCUCCACUUCCACCAGGAGGCAACCACAGAGCUGCUCCUGAGCCCCAGGCAUCUGAGCUCGCUGAUGAGUAGCAACCCAUCAGCAACAUCCCCUUCUUCAUCCUCUUCCUCCACCACCACCUACUCCUCCAUCCGGGGCUCUCCUAACUUUGUGGUCAUCACCAUCAUGGAGCCUCCGCCGGCACCCUCCUCAAAUCAGGACCUCCACCGCCAGGCACGUGGAUCCCACGCUGCAAACCGUGGCUACCGUUCAUCAAGUCUGGACUCCAUGGCGUCCAUCACACAGAGGUGGACAGUGUGGAACUGUGCAGCCCUCCUGUGUCAGACCUCGGCCCGGGUGCUGGUGUGGGUGCUUGGGCUGUUGUACUUCAGUUCGCUGCCCAUGGGGGUUUACCUGCUUAUAAUGCAGAGGACAACACUUGGGGUGUUGCUGGUGAGCCUGGUUCCUGCCAGCCUCAUCAUGAUCAUGGUCUACGGGUUCUGCCAGUGUAUCUGCCAUGAGUUCUGGGACUGCAUACCACCGUAAUGGGACCAGAUGAAUGGGCAAUGGUUUGCUUUGAAUAUGUUUGACAAUGGAUCUCCAGAAUCCCACUAAUGGGGAUGUUACUGUGUAACUGUGAACAGUUACUUGAAUGGCAGAAAAAAUGUUCAUCUUCUUUGUUGGAGGAGAGAGCAAGAACAGAUUAUGUAAAUUACAAAUGGAGCUCACACUUUGGGGCUUUUCAUUAUUAUACAUGUUAAUUUGUGCAUUUUUCUAGCUUGAUAGCCAACUAAUUACCCAACAGAGCUCAAAGUGUAAGAUUUAGCUAAAACUUUAAUGCCCCUUCUGGUGGAAUCGGCUAAAUAGCAUGCAUAAUAAUGUUGUGGUAAAAACCCGAAGGGAUUUAAGGUGGUAAUAAUAACCGUCUCUGACACCUGUGGAUUUAAUUUGUUAUCUAACAGUGGUUCUCAACCUUUUCAGAUUGUCUCAGAGCCAUAAAUGCAUCAAAUGUGAACUUCAGCAUCACAGAGUCCUGACAGUUCUUGAAAUCAGCAUGAACAAAUGUGGAAAAACUGUUUCUAUGCACCAAAAAGGGAAAUCAAUAUGUUUUGUUACCAUUAAAGAAUA